AUGUCCUGUUGUCUUGAUCAAUUACCAAUCGAAAUCUUUCAUCGAAUAUUUAAUCAUUUAUGGGCUCAUGAAAUUUUAUAUUCGUUUUACACCAUCAACGACUAUCUGAAUAAUAUUAUAACACAUUACGACAAUUAUUUGAUUAAUUUUGAAUCAAUUCGAAAAUCUCACUUUGAUCGUGUAUGUCGCCAUAUUCGACCGGAUCAAGUUAUUUCGUUAGUUUUAUCUGAUGCAACAGAAACACCGAAUCAAUUUAAACUAUUUCAAUCAUUUUUCUACAUUGAACAAUUUACUCGUUUACGUGCAUUAAAAUUAAUCGAUUUGAAUGACGACGGUAGUACAUUCUUCUUCCAAUUGUAUCAACUUCAACAUCUGGUUUCUCUUGAAAUCAACGUUGACAUUGAGUUUCCAUUAGUUAGAUGUACACCACCACUUGAAAGAUUGAUCAUUAAUAUUCCAUCAGGUGUUUAUUUUGAUAUUGAACCAGCAAUUGAUUUGAUUUCGUUUGAACAAUUACGGUAUUUGUCAAUAUCCAAUAUUUCCUGUAUGAUGUUAAAACGAAUAUUUUCUCAAGCUAAUCAACUUAAAUCACUUGAAAUUUCCUUUCAAUUUUUAAACACAAUCGAUAGCGCCUUAUUGGCUGAUAUUCAUCAAGGACAAGUAACAACACCGGCACUUGUGUCUCUGUCAUUGAACAUUGUUGCAUCUAUACAAGUAAUAACACGAGCUCAUAUCGAACGAUUUCUGGCUCCGUUCCAUCGUCUACGACAAUUGGAAUUAGUUGUUACCAUCGGUGCAGAUCCUCCAUUUGCCGAUGCUUAUCAAUGGGAACGAUUUAUUGUCGAAUAUCUCCCACAAUUAGUAACAUUUAAUUUUAAAUUCUCUUCUUUGCAUAUCAAUCAAAAUAUGCUCAAUCGAUUUCGUUCUUCGUUUUGGCUCAAUAAGCGUUGGUUUGUUGCUUGUAAUCUAGAUGGUCGGUGUCUAUUCACUGUACCUCAUUUUGCUCCAACUUCAAUGAGCAAUGCAUGUGCUCCAGUAUCAUCAGAAUGUACAACGUUACCUGUUGAAGAACAUAUUAUUUUAUAUGAUCGUGUUACUCAAUUAGUGUACGAAUCAGAUCAGUGGAACUUACAUUAUCGUUAUAAUCAUGUUAAAAAACUUUUUCUCAACGAUCCUUACAUGCAAGAGAAUAUUGUUGAUCUAUCUCAAGUACAAUCACUAUAUGUUAAUACUUCUGAUUGGUCAUUGUAUAUGAUAUUAACAUUGCUUAAAGAAGAUAUGCCUUCGGUCAAUUAUCUUAGCCUCAAUUGUGCCUAUACCAAUAUAGAUUAUCAAGAUUUUCCUAAUAUUUCAUUACCACAAAUUCAAAUAUUGUGUUUACCUAAAUAUGGACAAUAUCUAGAUAAUGAUAGACUUCAUUUAACUCAAUUUUUUCCAUGCGUGGAACGAUUAAGAGUUUCGAUUAAUUCGAAACAUCAAAUUCCAUUUCUAAUUGAUCAUUUUAAAAAUAUGCUCAGUGGCUUCUUUUAUUUUAAUUCAUCUGAAUACGAUGGGAACAAACGAAUUCGAAUGACACGUCAAUGGUUAAAGGAGCAAACUGAUCGUUUAAGAGGAAGCAACAGGAACAAUUUUAUUUGUCAAAUUGAGGAUAAAUUUUUUUUUCAAGUAUCUAUAUGGAUCGGUGAUAAUGACGAAGUAGAUCAUAAAGGUCAACGAGUAGUACGUAGAAAACCCUGGUGGCAUCAACGUUUUCGAUGGCAUUCAGUCAAAUAG